CUUGGUUUCGUUUAUCUUUGCGAGCUGGGAAGGAAAAUCUUAGCAGAGCCUGUGGGAGCAGCCAUGGUGAAGUAUUCGAGAGAGCCAGACAACCAUACCAAGUCCUGCAAAGCAAGGGGCAAUGAUCUCCGAGUGCAUUUUAAGAACACAAGAGAGACUGCCCAUGCUAUUCGCAAGCUGCCUUUGGUCAAGGCUAAAAGGUAUUUGGAGGAUGUUUUGGUCCACAAGCAAGCCAUUCCAUUCCGUCGCUUUUGUCGUGGAGUAGGGCGAACUGCUCAGGCUAAGAAUCGCCAUUCAAAUGGACAGGGGCGGUGGCCUGUUAAAUCUGCAAAGUUUAUUCUCGACUUACUUAAGAAUGCUGAGAGUAAUGCAGAGGUGAAAGGUUUGGAUGUGGAUUCGCUUUACGUAUCUCAUAUCCAGGUAAACCAAGCCCAGAAGCAAAGACGCCGCACAUACCGUGCUCACGGGAGAAUUAAUCCUUACAUGUCAUCUCCAUGCCAUAUUGAGUUGAUUUUGUCAGAAAAGGAGGAGCCUGUCAAGAAAGAGCCUGAGACUCAGCUGGCGAGUAGGAAAGCAGAGAAGGGUCGAACUCUACGCAGUGGUGCUGCUUCUUAAACAAUGAUGACCUACUUUAAGAUGUUAUGAGUUGGGGUUUCUUUUCCUUUGUUGUCAUCAGUAGCAAGAGAGCCUUGUGGUUCUGUUAAACCUCAUGUCGGAAAUGUUAUGGUACUUGUAUUAUUUCUUGGAUCUUCUAUGAAAAUGUGAAACUUGUUUAGACUCCUUCAAGCUCUGUUUGCCCUGAGUACAUUGUUCCGACGACAGAACUGCGAACUGAAGACAAUAGAUACUUUUAUUGAUAGUGAUACCUUUAUGGUCGGUUUAAUAACCAUUUCAAUUUUAGUUUUUAGUUUUUAUUUUGUUGUGCUAGAGUAUAGAGGAAAAAAUGGGAGAAUAAAAGUGAGAAUGAGAAUGGAGAUAGGAUUGAGAUGGAAGAUGAGAAAUUAUUUAAGAAAAAUCGUGGGAAGAGAGUAAUUGUUGGAGAAGUGUGCCUUCUUGUAUUUGUUGAUUGUUCAAGAAAAGCUGACGUGUUGCAU